AUGGCCUAUAAGGUUCGAGACCGGGUUGGAUAUCUCGAUCGUUUGUCAGGUGAAACGCCAGUCAAAAAGCAAAUCUUGGAGCGUUGCUUCGUUGAUAUGGUGACUGGUGAUUCAGCAAUGAAAGAGCGAGCCGCUGUUCGGUUCAAUGAUUUGGUGGGACCCACCGAUUCCGUGUCUGGGGAGCAGCUUCUCCUACCACGAAGGCUCAGAAAAAACCGAGCCUGGAUGGAACUGACCAAGAUUUGGCGAACAAAUUCAAAGGUCAGAGGCUUCGUAGCUGAGAAAGUGAGAGGCGGCUAUUCAGUAACCAUUGCAGGUUACAUUGCUUUCCUUCCAUCCCGUCCUAUGAUAAGCAGAAGGGUACCGACUGACAGAUUCAUCAUCGAGAGCAUUAACCCGAAAACCAAUAAAAUUGUGGUGGUGAGAACUUGA